CUUUCUUACCAACAAACAACAUUCAUGAUCUGAGAAAAGGACCGGGGAAUUCGGAAGAAACCACUGAGCCAAACUUUUGGUUGAGAUUUAUUAGAUUUAUCUCCGCCGGGAAGGAAAAACAUGAUGGAACCUGAUGAUAUUGACUGGGAAAGCUUGUCUCAGAAGGAUCUUGAAUACUAUUUAUCACCAUCCAAAUGCAGUAAUCGUCAUGGACCAGAUCACAUGCUGAAACACUUUACAGACACAAUCACUGAAGGGAGUGAUGCCACACGCAGAUGCACAGUUCAUGAGUCAAACAUUCCAUAUGGAGAUGAAACCAAGAAGCAAACGCUUGAUCUGUAUCUACCAGAACAUCAAACUGAAGAUGCCCCAGUACUCGUCUUCUUUCAUGGUGGUUAUUGGCAGGCCCUCAGCAAAGAAAUUUAUGGUUUAGUGGCCAUGCACCCGGUUAAAAAAGGCGCCGUUGUUGCAUCUGUUGGUUACACCAUUGCCCCAGAGGGGACCUUAGAGCAGAUGUUGAAGGAAGUUGAGCAAGCUUUCGUCUUCAUAGCGAGAAAGUUUCCCAAAUCAAGAGGGUUUUAUUUAUGUGGCCACUCUGCUGGGGGUCAACUCGGCGCCAUGAUGCUUACAAUUGAUUGGUCAGAAAAAUAUGGAUUUCCAAAAGAUUUAAUCAAAGGUGGUUUUUUUAUUUCUGGGGUGUUUGAUUUGAGGGCGAUAUCGCAAUCCUAUGUGAAUGAACCGCUCAAGUUAACACGGGAAGAAGCGUAUAGAAUCAGUCCCUUAGCACCAGAGAAUCUCUCCAAGGCUAUCCAACUAUCAAGCCACUGCAGAGUGGUCAAUGUGUGUGGAGGGUGUGACGCAAAGUUUUUUGGGCUGUGGACCAGGGACUAUACAAAAGAGCUUGCCAAGAAUGGUGUCAACGCUACCUAUAAACUCUUCCCAGAAAUGGAUCAUUUUGAGCCUGUAGAGAGGCUAGUAGAAGAAGACUUUAUAAUUACAAAGAUGUUGUUGGACGUCAUGUCACUGUGAGAGUGCUUCAAGCGAAGGAUCCAACAAGGAUGAAUCUGAUGCAGUUUGGGAGUCAUUAAAUCAUCACACACAGGUGUUCAGUCUAAGAGCCCCAGACAGCCUGUGGAUUUUCAGGCCUAGAGUCUCAUCUUUGAGAAUGCAAGGGCAAUUUCCAUUUUGCAGUGGGUGCUUCCAGCUCUGAUACUUCACUGCGGCAACGAAGGUGAUUGCCUCCAUGCCCCCUGGUCAUUUCCUUGGUGCCCUUGAAAUGCUCCAGUAGAAAUUUACAA